AUGGCGCAAAAAGCGACCAAAACGCUCGCCGCGGCCAACACAAAGCGCCUAAACACAACCCUCUACCUCACGCUCUCCAUCCACACCCUCUUCUGGCUCCUGCGCGCCCUCGUCUUCCGCUCUUCCUUCACCCGCCGCUCCCUGUUUCUCUACCUCAUCCUCAGCGCCCCCCAGCUCCUUAUCAACCUGCAGUUCGAGCGCCUCUCGCGCCCCACCCACCUCCCGGACGGCUCCAUCAAGCGCCCCGGUGAAGACCUCGACGCCCCAGGCCUGACAGAGUACAUGUGGGACGUGACCUACUGGACGUACGGAUGCAUUGCGCUGGCGAGCCUGUUUGGCGACUGGGUCUGGUGGGGGAUGAUGGUCGUGCCCGUGUACAGCGUAUACUCGCUGUAUGGCGUGUACAGGGGCUUCAGGGGCGGCGGCGGCGGCUACACGGAUGCUGCGGGCGUGCCCCAGCCCGAGGCUGCGCAGAGUAAGAGGCAGGCCAAGAUGGAGAAGAGGGGUGGGCAGAGGGUUGCUUACCGCUGA